AACAAGAGGACCGAAGCCUUAGGAGGUUCUGAUAUCACCGACUACCGUGUUGGGUAUGCGUGCAAGAAGGGAUUAAAACCAGAAAGCCCAAACCAAGACGACUUCUUCGUCAUCGGCAUUGACGAACUCGGGAUGUUCGGCGUAUUCGACGGCCACGGUCCCUACGGUCACGAUGUUUCCAGUUUCUGCCAUGAUGCACUACCAGGAUUGCUCAUCAAGGAUGAGGAAUUCUACACUGAACCUACCGCGGCUUUUACUAGAGCCUUUAAAGACACUCACUGUAAGUUCUUAUCACUA